AUGGCUCAAGCUUUGACGACUAUCGACCUGCAGGGUGCUCUGCCUCUCAUCGCCCGAGGCAAGGUUCGCGACCUCUACGAGAUCGACGAUAAGACCCUUCUCUUCGUUGCGAGUGAUCGCAUCUCCGCCUACGAUGUGAUCAUGGAGAAUGGUAUCCCUAACAAGGGCGUCCUCCUCACUCUCUGCACUCAAACAUGGUUCAAGACCCUGACCGAGGCCAACCCCGCCCUGCGCACCCAUUUCAUUUCCCUCGAUCUCCCCCCUCAGAUUCCCGAGUCCCUGCGCCCGGUCCUGCAGAACCGCAGCAUGCAAGUGCGCAAGCUGCGCAUUCUCCCAAUCGAGGCAAUCGUCCGGGGAUACAUCACUGGCUCGGCCUGGAACGAAUACAAAAAGUCUGGCACCGUGCACGGGAUCAAGGUCCCCGCCGGUCUGCAGGAAAGCCAGGCUUUCCCCGACGGCCCUAUCUACACGCCUAGCACAAAGGCAGAGCAGGGCGAGCAUGAUGAGAACAUUCAUCCAGACCAGGCCGUCGCCAUUUUGGGUGAGAAGUACGCGGCGAUUGUCGCCAAGAUGGCUGUGGAGCUUUACAAGACCGCUCAUGCAUAUGCUCUUGAGCGCGGCGUUAUCAUCGCCGAUACCAAGUUCGAGUUCGGAGUCGACGAGGAGACGGGCGAGGUUGUGCUCGCUGAUGAAGUCCUGACGCCCGACUCCUCUCGCUUCUGGCCCAAGGACUCAUACGCUAUCGGCCGUGGUCAAUCUAGCUUCGACAAGCAGUUCCUGCGUGACUGGCUUGUGAGCCAGGGUCUCAAGGGCAAGGAGGGUGUGCGCAUGCCUGAUGACAUUGCCCUGAAGACGGCAGAGAAGUACCAAGAGGCUUGGGAGAAGAUCACAGGUAACUCUAACUAA